CCAGCUAUCUACUCUAAUAACCUAAAAAAAUCCUAGCGAGAAUGGCUACUCUCUCUCUUUCUAGAUCAAUGCUACUCCUCUCCGUGUUCUCGGCGUUCGCUUUCGCUUGCUCAGCUAUGGAUCGAGAAUUUUCGAUCGUGGGGUAUGCGCAAGAAGACUUGAAAUCCAUUGACAAGCUGAUCGAGCUCUUUGAGUCGUGGAUGGCGAAGCACGGGAAGCGGUACCAGAGCUUGGAGGAGAAGCUGCAGCGGUUCGAGGUGUUCAAGGAGAACCUGAAGCACAUCGACGAGACCAACAAGAAGGUAACCAACUACUGGCUCGGGCUGAACGAGUUCGCGGACUUGACCCACGACGAGUUCAUGAAGAUGUACUUGGGAUUGAAGGCUGAGCGGAGAAGAGACUUCUCUGGCGAUGAUGAGGAGUCUAGCGACAAAGAUGUCGUCGACUUACCCAAGUCUGUAGAUUGGAGGAAGAAGGGUGCUGUCACUCCUAUCAAGAACCAGGGUUCUUGUGGGAGUUGCUGGGCGUUUUCGACUGUAGCUGCGGUCGAGGGCAUAAAUCAGAUAGUCACGGGGAACUUGACUUCGCUCUCUGAGCAAGAGCUCGUCGACUGCGACACAACUUACAACAAUGGGUGCAACGGGGGUCUCAUGGACUAUGCAUUCUCUUAUAUUAUCUCAAAUGGCGGGCUUCACAAGGAAGAAGACUAUCCUUACAUCAUGGAAGAAGCGACCUGCGCUCUGACCAAGGACCAAUCAGAGGUGGUAACUAUCACUGGCUACAAGGAUGUGCCGGUGAACAAUGAGCAGAGCCUCUUGAAGGCACUCGCCAACCAGCCACUCAGCGUUGCCAUCGAAGCCUCGGGCAGAGACUUCCAGUUUUACAGUGGGGGUGUUUUUGAUGGGCAUUGUGGGAGUGAGCUAGAUCACGGAGUGGCGGCAGUUGGAUAUGGAUCAUCAAAGGCCCUGGACUACAUCAUUGUGAAGAACUCAUGGGGACAGAAAUGGGGAGAGAAGGGUUACAUCCGGAUGAAGAGGAACACUGGCAAGCCUGAAGGGCUGUGUGGAAUCAACAAGAUGGCGUCUUAUCCUACCAAAGCCAAGUGAUGAUGCAUUGUAGUUGAAUUUCCUCGAACAAUGUCUUUAAUGUUCUGAAAUUGCAUUUUCUAUUCGGGUGGUGCUUGUUUUCUUGUAGUCAGACCGGUCAUGUGGUCAGUAUUGGAAUGAUCAUAUCUGAUAAUGAUUUGAUUGUUUCUUGGGUAAGUCUAUGGAGGUAGAGCAAAAUUAAUAAAUGGACAUGCCAUUGCUGCUCGA